AUGAGGAUGUUCCUCUUCCUCUUUGCUGUGUUUGUCUUCCUGGCCCCAGCCAGGAAUGCAUUUUUCGAUGAGAAAUGCUACAAGAUUAAAGGGAGAUGCGUGCGUUCUUGUCAGAAAAAUGAAGAAGUUGUUGCUCUCUGCCAGAAGGCUCUGAAAUGUUGCCGCACGCUCCAGCCGUGUUUGAGAUGA